AUGUUAAUUGUACAAGUGCUCCUUAUAACAGCGAGGGCGGCAUUAACUGCUAAUGCCAGCGCCCAGCGGGCAUCCAGCCUCGAUGCCAGCACCACUUGUAACGAAACCUGCAAAGAGCUCGUUCUUCGUGUUUCAUCCUGGGAAGCGGAGCAGAGAGCUUCAGACUUCUCCUUUUACACUGUCCCGGAAAAUUACUCUUCUGCCCUUGCGCCGGGCACCAUUUUGUCACUGGAACGGACGACAAACUUGACAAAUUACACAGUCCCGACGCCGCUGACCAUGUCUCGAAUGCUCUAUACCACCGAAGACCUGAAUGGAACUGUAAUUCCAGCGUCGGCUUACAUUCUUUGGCCAUCAAGUCCUCUCCGAGUACCGGUAGCAAAUUCGUCAUCAAACAACACGCAGUGGCCGAUGGUCGCGUGGGCUCAUGGCACCUCGGGAGGUCUAUCGCCCUGCGCUCCAAGCAACUACCGGAGCCUCCAGUACCACUUUCAGGUGCCCUUCACCCUCGCGCUACAGGGCUACGUGGUCGUGGCACCAGACUACGCAGGCCUCGGCGUCGGCAAGCUUCCCAACGGAGACACCAUCGGACACCCAUGGGCAGCAUGGCCGGCGCAGGCAAACGACAUCGCAAACGCCAUCAAGGCGGCACGCAAUGCUUUCCCCCAAGUUCUCGAUGCCAACGGACCCUUCGUGGCGAUGGGUCAUUCCCAGGGCGCCGCCGCUGUGUGGUCAUUCGCAGAACGUCAGGUUCAAAAACCGGUGGCGGGCUACAAAGGGGCAGUGGCCUUCGCGCCGCCCACGGGCAUUAUCGAGCAGGUCAGGAGGGCCCGAUCUGACUACGCCGCAAACAAGACGCAGCUGUGGACAAAUGCCUUCCUCAGUUUCCAGACGCCGCUCAUCAAGGGCAUCACCGCUGCGUAUCCGUCCCUCAAUCUCUCAGGCAUGACAGAGCUUGGUCGAGAUAGAUGGGUCAAUGUCCAGGAGGCUGUUCAGGGGUGCCUGCCGACGAAGCAAGUAGCGAGUAUCGGUGCCCCUUCGGUGGAGAUGGCAUAUCGUAACUGGACGGAGCAACCCACGGUUCUUGAGUUUGAGAAGAGGGCUGCAACUGGACGGAAACCCUUCAAAGGCCCAUUUCUAAUUAUGUCUGGAGACUUAGACUCUAUAACGGAUAUCAACAACCUGAAGGAGACUGUCAGAGAUACUUGUGGCACUUUCGACACAAAAGGUGUCCAGGAGAGUUUACAAUUUGUCGAGUAUACUGGGCAGAACCAUUUUCCCGUCAUUCAGGCCAGCCAGAGUAAGUGGUUUAAUUGGGCCAGGGAGAGAUUCUUUUCGUCUGCAAAUCCAGAUCCCGGGUGCAGUUUUGAGGUUGUCAAGGGUUUUAGGGGCGAGGAAGCUCUCAACUCAUUGUUUCCAAACUUUCUACUGGAAACUGCGGGCCGAGGCGACAGCUGGAAAUACUCGCUCUAA